GGCCCCUCACCAUCAGCCUGGGUUAGAGUUGAGGGGAGGAUCCACAGAUCCUCUGAGAGAGACUGGUGGCUGACCAGCCAAGACCUGGCUGCACCUGGACCAGGGGCAUCAGGGACCUCCCAGUGUAGCACUGUGCUGCAGGAGUUAGGUUGGAAGGGGUCCCCAGACAGGGCCCAGCCCUCUUCAGAUCUGUGGGGCAGGUGGACCCAGGGCACACCUGUGCCAGUCACCUCACCAGCAGGUGGCGUUGACGGCCCCUCCCCGAAGCUUAUCUGUGACAGUUGCAGCCCAGGCUAUCCCAGUAGCCAGUGGGGUGGACACAGGAGUCCCUGGGCCUCGUGCCUUUAGGGGACAACUCUGUGGACAGAUGCAGCAUGCCAAGUGCUCCCUACAUCUCCAGAGCCUGCACCUCAUAUUUGUGCCAAGACUACCUGGGGAUCUCAUUCAGUUGCAGCUGCUGAGUGAGCAGCUUGGGUGGGAUCCUAGGAAUCCAAGAGCCUUGCUUAAAGUAUGGCUUGGAGCCCUGAGGGAUCCCCACAACCCACCCAUCUGCCCACACAUGUGCCUAGUGGGUCCUGCUCAACCCCUGUGGGCUCAGGGGCUUAAAGACUCCAGCUGGAGUUCGGCUUCUGGGCCAGCCUGCAUUCUCGUAGUCAUUGAGUAAACAGCACCAACUGUGUGAACUGGAUGGAUAGGCUCUGCCCCCUGGCAGCCAGUCUGUUGUGUACAUGGUGGUGAACCUGAGACUGAUAAAUGCAAAGAGGAACUGGGUGCUGUCUUGGCAGCAGCCUGGGGAGUGUCUCAGUAUGGGGGAGGAGGGCAUCCAGGGACUGGGAGUCUCAGCACAAGAGCCCAGGCAGGGAUGACAUAUACCACCCUGUCUCCCUUCCAUAGACACUGUGCCCAGGGCAGGGCCAGGGGUGACAUUCCCAUGUGUGGAGGCUGCCCAGUGGUCCCAGGUCUUGAGCACAAGAGUAGCUCUGGGCAGCCAGAGGUUCCAACGAUAGGGAUCCUAGGCCUUGGUCCCAGGCACCUCGCCAUCCAGGUCAAGGUCACCCUUCAAUUGAAUUAGUGACCUGGAGGCUCUCCAGACUUAGCCCAUGGACUUUACCCCCAGGCAAGUGGAGAGGUGGAAGAGAAUGGGCCCCAAAUUCGGUGUGCAUGCACAUGCACAUCCCAGACACAGAUGCAAGGCCAGGUUGCUAGACAGAGCUGGAUCAGACACCCCUGGCCUUGGAGGAGGAGGAGGAGUGGGGCUGGGGUGGCAGAGAGGGCUACCUGGAGGAGGGGACAUUGGGAUCUGCUUUAAGGGCUGAGGAAAUACUAGAGGGUCCAUCUUGCAGACAGGAAAGAGGCCUGGGGGGGUGUUGGCAUCGCUAGAGCUGGGAAAAGUCAAGAAAUGAGACUGGAGCCUCAGGUCAGCCCAGAGGAACCUGAACUUAACCCAUGGGCAAUGGACAACUGGGAGGGAGGCUAGGAGGGAGGCUGUCAGGUUGGUGGCCAGAAGAUCAUCUUGUCACCCAGGCUCAGAGAUGGGACCCAGGUGGCACAAGGCCAAGGGGCUGCAUGGAAAAAGGGUGAGGGUUAGAAUCUUCCCCACACACAGACUGUGGGCCUCCCCCAAGGCACCUGCUCACUCUUUUCCAGCAGCCACAAGUAACACAUGGGCGAGAGUCCAAGGUGGGUUGGAGACGGUUGCCUCCUAAUUCUCUCCCUACCCUACUAUAGUCCCCUCCCUGGUGCAGCCCCCCCCCCCCCCCCCCCCGUGCCAUGCCCUUUGCAUUUUCACCUGAACCAAGCCCAGCCUCCUGCAGGCUGUUCAGAAUCCUCCCUCAGCUAUCCCCUCUGAGCCCCCCACCACACCCCAACCCCAGGCCUGAGCUAUUCUCCUUGCCAGAAACACUGUUCUAAACUCACCAAACUAGCAAUCCAUGCCUAAUCUAAGCCCACCCUUUGGACUCCCUCCCUUUGACACCACCCACUGAGCAGGGACACAGCCUCAGCUGCCCACGAGGUGCCCAGGCUACAUGGAAGGAACACAGCACACAGAGUCCUUCAAGGGACCCGCCCAACCCAUGACCUUGGCUGCCUGCCUUGAGAUGAUCCCCAGACCCAGUCAAAGCUUUACACCCGGACACGUGUUUAAAUGUGUGUGGCCACUGUGUGAACACUCAAAUCCAAGGGCCCUGAAGGCAACUCCUUGUGUCCAAGUGACUGAGGUUCCUCCGUUGGCGCAGAAUGCCGCCAAUGCCCCUUUGAUCCUAGGGGGAAGAAGGUCUAGGGAACGUGGAAUUAAAAAGGGUCCCCUUCAGGGUCGAGUGUUCGCUGUCUUCGCCUUCACCUCGGUGGUGGACCUCCUUAUUGCUCUCCAGGAAGAUGGCUACGCGGUGGGCUUCAUGGAGUUCUUUACCAAGGAGGGAGAGCCGUAUUUGCGCACUGCACAUGGAGUCUUCAUCUGCUACUGGGACGGCACGGUUCACUAUGUCCUCUACCUGGCCAUGGCUGGUGCCAUCCACAGAAGGAAGAGAUACCGGAACCUUGGACUGUACUGGCUGGGAUCUUUCAUUAUGAGCAUCCUGGUGUUCCUCCCAGGAAACCUCCUUGGUAAAUACAGCUCAGAGAUCAGACCCGCCUUCUUCCUUGCCAUCCCCUAUGUGCUAGUCCCAUGCUGGGCUGGUAUGAGGGUCUUCAACCAGUCCCGGGCACCAACCUGCUGUACCCCCAAUGUGGUACAGGAGGAACAAAGAAAGGGCAUCCUGCGACGCCCGGUUGACCUGGCCCUUGUCAUAUACCUCACCCUCGCUGGGUUCUUCACCCUCUUCCGGGGCCUGGUGGUGCUUGACUGCCCCACAGAUGCCUGCUUUGUCUACAUCUAUCAGUACGAGCCAUACCUACAGGACCCCGUGGCCUAUCCGAAGGUGCAGAUGCUAGUGUACAUGUUCUACGUGCUGCCCUUCUUUGGCCUGGCUGCUUAUGCCCUCAUCUUCCCUGGCUGCUCUUGGCUGCCUGACUGGGCCUUGGUGUUUGCUGGAGCUGUUGGCCAGGCACAGUUCUCGCACAUGGGUGCCUCCAUGCACGUGCGCACGCCCUUCACCUACCGUGUGCCUGAUGACGCCUGGGCCUGCUUCUUCGGGUGCAACCUGCUGUAUGCGCUGGGUCCCCACCUGCUGGCCUUCCGCUGCCUGUGGCAGCCCGCCUUCUUCCUGCGCCCGCCCCCUGGUCCCCUGGACCACCACAAGAAGGAUCACUGAGAGUGCUGGGGACUCCCCAGGACUCUGUUUCCAUGCUCAGACAGCCCUGCUCUGGGAAGGGUGGGCUGGGUCUUUUAGAAGCAGGAAGUACAUCUCCAGGUGUCUUUGGUCCUGGCUAUGGUGGUAUCAGGCCAACGCAUGGGAUGGGACAACUAGGGGCCAGAUGUUCCCUUGAGGGCUGGACACGCUCAGCUGUCACGGUACCCCAAUCCCACACAGACUGUUCUACUCCAGAAUUUACCCAUCGUACCCCCAUGGAUCCUUUAUAGUAAAAACAAAACACAAAACACAAAACUUAUGAUGCCCAAAUACUGCUGCUGCCUGAGUGUUUCGGGAUUCAGAGGUGAGGGACCUGCUUCUCAGACCCCAUGAGGGCCUGCCCAUCACUGCCAGCAUGAACAUCAGGAACUGGAGGUACUGGCCAGCAGAAGUCUGCCUCUGGUUGGUGUGCACAGCUCCAUCUUCCAGAUGGGGAAAACUGAGGCUCAGAGUGGUCCAAAGACCUGCCUGAGGUCGCGAUCAGGAGAGAAAAAUCCAAAAUCCAAGCUCUGACAAUAAAUUAUAAUAACUAAUGGCGUGGCAGUUAUUAAGCACCUACAAUAUACCAUUACCAAAGGCCAAACUCAAGUGCUACAUGCUGGAUCUCACCCUAUAGUCCAGAUAGGGAACAACCUGUAGGUGGUAAAGGUCCUGGUCGGAGGUCACGGCUCCUAGAUGCAGCUGAGCUAAAGGACCCAGCGCCAGCCUAGCCCAUCCAACCAUGGACCCUAUAACCCUGCCUCUGCUGUAUGGUUGGCUCAUAUUUUGGGGAAACUGAGGCUGAAGAGGCCGCCAAGGGGUUGGGGAAAGGCAUAUUUUUUCCUGAUUCGAUUUUUGAACUUGGGCAAAGGGCCAGGUUUGUGGGUGACUCAGGCCCAGAGUGGGUCUGGGGCUUGAUCAGGCUCCCCUGCUCCCCGCUCCUACCAACAUUUAUUAGGCACCUAUUGUGUGUCUAAUCAUUGGAUCUUCACCAAAGAACCAGCACUCCAUUUCCUGGAGAUGGAAACAGGCUCAGAGAGACCAAGCGUCUCUUCCAAGGUCCUACAGCAGGUGAGAGGGUCAGAUUUGGACCUGUUGCUGCAUAUUCCCUCUGCAGUGUGUUUGACUGUUGUGGGGCCCCACCCGCAGAGUGAGCACCUUUUGGGUGCCAGAGCCCAGGACGAGACGAUGGCCACCAAGUGACAAAUGGGAAAACAGACCUGCAGGCCAAAGCCCCUGGCUCACCUUGGGCAUCCUAGAUGGAAGACUCCGUCAGGCCGCCCCCCCCCCCCACUCCGCCCUCCAUUUUAAAGAGAGUUAAACUGCGGCCCAGAGGUUCCUCUUCCCGCCCAAGAUCAGCCAGCAAGAUCAGCGACGUGGUCCUGCAUUCGCUGUCUAGUGGAGUCCUUCCUCCGCCCGCGCCCCGGUUUCUCCGCGGAGCACGCGUCGCCGCGUUCCCUUUAAAGCUCCUCCCCGCACCCCCAACCGCUUCCCUCCUCCCCUUGCAGGCAGACGCCGGGAUUGCGCCGCCCGAAGGGACUUGCCCAGUCCUUCCUGGGUGUGCGGGGAGCGCAGUCCCGGCGCGUAGGGGCCGCUCGGCGGGGGCCGCACGGGCAAGAUGGUGAGUGGGUCACGGGCGCGGGUCCCGGUAGGUCCCUCUCUCGGAUUGUGUCUCGCUCUGUGUCUGAAUCUACGUCCCUCCGUGUUCCUCUUCUCAGUCUCUCCCCGCUCCGUCUCUCCAAUCCCUUCCGUCUCUCCCCCUCUUGUAUCUCUGUUUCUCGAACUCUGCCUCUCCUUUUAUAUCCCUCCCCGCCUCUCCCCACUUUUCUCUCCCUCUUUUUGUCGUACUGGUCCCGUUUCUUUUCCUCUGAGUCUCCGUCUCUCCCUACCUCCAAGCCCCCUCUUCUCUUUUCCCCUCUUGCUCUCUUUGCUCUCUCCCUUUCAGUCUCUUGUCUCUCUCCAUCUUUCCUUACCCUUCUCUGAAUCGCUCCCUCUCUAUCCCCAUCUCUCCCUGCUUUUCUCUCUGUCUCUGUCUCUUUCCCUUUCCUCGCUCUCUCCCCGUGUCUCUACCUCUCUCUGGCUCUACCCCUCGCGCCCCCCUUCCCCCCCGCCGCCCCCACACCCGGGCAGGUUUGCUGCAGUCUCCUGGCGCACGGAUAACCUUGCUGCUGCCACUGCUCCAGCUCCUCCCCCUUCCCUCCCAAUCCCCGCCUGGGCUGGCCAGAGAAGGGGGCGGAGCUCCGAGCGGCCGGGGUCGGGGUGAGGGGAUCUGGCGGGUUGCCCGCGCUGGACUGAGGGCAGGUGAGCCCGGGGGCGUGGGCUUGCGUAGGAGCUAGAGUGUGAAGGCCC